ACCGAGAGGCCGAGGAAAGGAGGCGAGUCAAGGACUUCCUUCUGGGGAGGGAGCUUGAAUUCGGGAGGCCGCGCUGGGCCUGUCGGACUAGGCGUCCGCGCCCGUGGGAGAGUUCAGUCAUGUCUGUACAUUCGGUGAUGCGCAUCCUGCGCAAGAACAAGACGCUUCGCUAUGGAGUCCCCAUGCUGUUGCUGAUUGUUGGAGGUUCUUUUGGUCUUCGUGAGUUUUCACAAAUCCGCUAUGAUGCUGUGAAAAUUAAAAUUGAUCCUGAAUUAGAAAAAAAACUGAAAAUGAAUAAAAUAUCAUUGGAAUCCGAAUAUGAGAAAAUAAAGGACUCCGCUUUUGAUGACUGGAAGAAUAUUCGAGGACCCAGGCCUUGGGAAGAUCCUGACCUCCUCCAAGGACGAAAUCCAGAAAUUCUUAAGACUAAGACAACUUGACUCCGUUGAUUUUCUUUUCUUUUUCUUUUUUUUUUUUUUUUUAAACAAAAAUGUUAUCAACUGGAAUUCCCACUACAUACUCAGGGGGAAGAAAAUUUCAGACCUGCAGAAGCUUGGAUGUGAGUAAUGUGAUGACAGAUAAUCUUGAUAAAAAAUCACAAUAACAGCAGGCAGUGAUUUUUUUGUCAAUCCUGUGUAGGAAAAUCAUAUCAAUCACAGGUGAUGAGAGUUUUGGUUUUACUUAUAAUACCUCACAUGAUAUACUAAUCAGUCUCCAAAGCAUAUAACUGAUGAUUGUGUUGAUACCAUUAAAACAUGUUGAGAAAAUAAUAUUGUUCUUGGUUAAGGCAAAGAUCAUGUAGUAGUACGUAUUAUAUACAGAUACAGCAAAUUUGUUCAAGUAUUCCAAAUUUGUUAUCUAUGUGACUACAAUUUGGAAAUACUGCUUUAAAGGUAUACUUUACGUCUUAGCAUAAUUGGCAUGCAACUUGACUGUAGUUCUGUUCUUUUUCUUUUUUUAACUUGGGGUUUGCUAUGAUCUAAAUGCUAGGCAAAAAGAUAGAAUUGAGAGAAGUUGGGUUUUUUUUUAGUUUAUUUUCUCCUUUUUACCUGUGUCUUAGCCAGCCUGUUACCCCACUCUCUGAUUUUUUUCAUACUGAGUUCCAGGUGCCUAAAGUCUCAAUUGAAAUACUCCCCCUUAUGUUGACAAAAAAUUAUAAAUCUACCUGCCUCUUGCCCAAUCAAGAUCACUGUUUUCAGUGGGUUAAUUUUAGCAAAAAGAAAAUCAAGCUGAUUAUUUAAUGAUGAUAAAUCAUGAGAUAUUAGAGAACAGUUGGAUUUCAUGGGCCAAAAAAAAAUAAUAGAUCUCCACUUAACAUUGCUCCAUGUACAAAAAGUAACUCAAAAUGGAUCUAAAUGUAAAACUUAAAACUUUUGGGAAAAGAAGGAAGAAAGUCUUCAGGACUUAGUGUAUAAUUGUUGAAAAAUAGUUCUUAACAAAAACAU